AUUAUACUCUGUCGACAGCCUCUUUGAACGAACUUCGUUGCGGCGUCCCUGAUUGAAGUUUGCGGCUUGGAUCGAGCAAAAUUUGCAAAUCCAGAACAUUUUUGCUUUUAUCUGUAGAAAGAAAUUGAAAUUUGCUCAACAAAUACCAUCAAAAAAUAUACGGAAAAUGCCUAGAGCCAACAAACCGAAAGUAAAAAAGGACGAAACUCCGAAAGAUGUUGUAAAAGUUGUGAGCAGUACUAGCGAAGAAUUGUUUGAUGCUUUGUUGAAACAGGACUCUGGUAAAACCAACGAUAUAGUGAAAAAUAACGAAAAAUCAACUGUAGAUGCAGAAAAACAAAAUGAAGUUACAGAUGAAACUUCAAAAGAUGCGGAGGAACCAGCAAUCAAGGAAGCACCGGCGGCAAAAGCAAUGAACAAUGGUAAAGGUGUUGGUGGGGGUCGUGGAAAAAGAGCAGGGAAGCCAGCAACGGAAAAGGAAGAGGAAGAGCCGUCAAAAAAGCCAGCUUCCAAGGGAAGGGGAAAAAAGGCAACAGCGACAACAGAUGUUGAGGUUAUAACCAAAGAGACCGAAAACAUCGAAGUAAAUGGAAAUGGCGGUGAUGAGGUAGUGGACAGCAUACCAGCAGAGGUAAAGCAAGAAACUGUAGCAAAAGCAGGUAAGGCAGCAGGUGUUGCUGGUAGAGGAAGCAAAAGAGGCGCCAAGGCAGCGGCUGUGGAGGUCCCUUUGCAACAAAACGGUGGAGAUCAAGGUGAAAACGGUAUAUCUGAAGAAGUUGAAAAACAGGAGGAGGUUGCACCAGCCAAAGCCAAAGGUAGAGGCGGUAAAAAGGCGGCAGUUAAGAAAAAAGAUGCACCCGAAAUUAAUCAGGAAGAAGUUGCUCCUGAAGAAAUAGAAGCAGAGAAAAAAGUCGAAGAACCCAAAGUAACAACUAAAGCCGGGGGACGAAAAAAGAAAGCGGAUGAUAAAAAGCAAGAAGCUGCCCAAACGACUGAAAAUGCUUCAGCUGAUGUUGGCAAUGCUGUUGACAAUGAAUUAAAGUCUGAACCAGAACCACCUAAAAAGAAAGGACGAGCAGCAACCAAGAAACCGGCCGCUAAAGUAGAAAACGCCAACGAUAAUGCCGACGAACUUCCUAAGGAAGAAGCUGAAGUGGUGGCAAAGAAGCCCACCAAGAGAGGUGCCAAAGAAGCUGCCGCAGAAAAAGUAGAAGUAGAAAAAGUACCCGCCAAAAGAGCUAGAGGUGCUGCUAGAGCCAACAAUAAAAUAGAGGAAGCACCUGCCGAAAAACCAGUAGAGAUUGCACCAGUUGAGGACACAACCAUUAAAGGCAAACGUUCCCGUAAACAGCCUAUUGUUGAGAAAGAGUUGAAAGCAAAUGAAGAAGAAAAACCCAAAAAGGCGGUUAGAGGUGGCAAAAGGAAGGCGGAGAAAAUCGAUGAAGUGGUCGAACCAAAACAGGAGAAGGCUGAAGAGGUUAUUGCUCCAGCAGAAACAUCACAAGACACAAAAACUGAUGAGAAACCCUCAACUGCUCGUGGUGGUCGGAAACGUGCCGCACCGUCAACUAACAAAGCCAAAAAGGCCACAACAUCUGUGGAUGGAAAAGUUGGCGAUGACAAAAAAGUUGGCGAUGAAGCCAAUGUACUAGGCGAGGAGGAUGAUGAGGAAAAUGAUGAAGCAGAUGGAUCGAAACCUUCAAAAGCUAAGAAGAAAAAGGAGCCGGCAGCAGCUCCCAUGAAUGCCACAAGCACACUUUACAAUAAGGCUGAUUUUGACUUGCCACCACUGGCCGAGAACGCGACAGCAGACAGCGAUGAGCCUAGAUUUAAUUUGAAAAUAUCUAGCUGGAAUGUGGCCGGUUUGAGAAGCUGGGUCAAGAAGGAUGGCCUGAAAUUUCUGGAAUUUGAAGAGCCCGAUAUAUUCUGUUUACAAGAGACCAAAUGCACCACAGAUCAAUUGCCUGAAGAGGUGCAACGCAUACCGGGUUAUCAUCCCUAUUGGCUGUGUAUGCCCGGUGGCUACGCCGGGGUGGCUAUAUAUUCCAAAAUUAUGCCCAUAAAUGUGGAAUAUGGCAUUGGCAAUAAGGAAUUCGAUGAUGUAGGUCGCAUAAUCACUGCCGAAUAUGAGAAAUUCUUUUUGGUUAAUGUCUAUGUGCCCAAUUCGGGUCGCAAGUUGGUCAAUCUGGAGGCGCGCAUGAAAUGGGAGAAAAUAUUCCAGGAGUUUGUGCAGAAACUUAAUGAUCGCAAACCCUUGGUGAUCUGUGGCGAUAUGAAUGUAUCGCAUCAAGAAAUCGAUUUGGCAAAUCCCAAGACCAAUACCCGCAAUGCCGGCUUUACAAAAGAGGAACGCGAUAAAAUGACCGAAUUAUUGGGCUUGGGCUAUGUGGACACAUUCCGUCACUUGUAUCCCGAACGCAAGGCAGCCUAUACAUUCUGGACUUAUAUGGGCAAUGCUCGUUCACGCAAUGUGGGCUGGCGUCUGGAUUAUUUUCUGGUCUCGCAGCGUUUUGUGAAGCGUGUGGUCGAUAAUUGCAUACGCAGUCAAUGCAUGGGCAGUGAUCAUUGCCCCAUAACGCUGUUCUUAAAAUUGUAAUUCUAUUCUAAAAAAAAACAACAAAACUAAAAUGAAAAUCAACACUCAAAUAUCGUAAGAAAAUUUAAGAUUUUUUAUCUACAGAAAAAAUCGUUUUUUAAUUUUCUGUCCCCAUGGUAUACUUUUUAAAUACUCCAUUUACAUACUCAUACACACACACACACAAUUAGAUUUUAAACAAAGUUAUGUCAACUAUUAACUUGUCUAUGUUAAGAAUCUCCCCCUACUAACCUACCUACCAACUACUCUGAACUGUCCCAAUUAUAAGAACUUGUUUCUUGUUUUCUUGUCAUCGUAAGUGGAUUUUAUUUAUAUAUUUUUCGCAUUAAGUUGCCUGUUUAUUUUUUGUGCCACAACUUAUUACGCUUUGUUCCUUUUCGUUUUGUAUUUAUGUUCAUUCCAUACUUUUUAUCUUAGUAUUAUUUGUUUAAAAAAAAUCCUAAACUCACAUGUUUUGCUUAACUAAGUUUUACGUAUUAUUUUAUUAAUCCCUAUAGAUGAUAGAGAAGAUAAUAUUCAAUUCAAUAAAGUAGAAUCGCUGUCAAA